CGGCGGCAGGAGAGCGGCCGCCCCGGCCGCCCCGCGCCCCUCGCCCGCCCGCCCGCCCCUUCCCGCCGGCCUCGCUGCUCCGCCGGCCCGGGGACGGGGCCCCGCGGCUGCCCGAGCGCGGCGGGGCGGGCGGCGAAGCGGCGGCCGGAGGAUGCAGGCGGGGCGGGCGGCGGCGGGCUGCCGUUCCCGGGUCGGGCAGCUAGAGAGCAGUGCAGGGAGCGGAAUCCCGGCCGAGGAGCCCGUGCGCGGCCGCCGGGCGCUGGGAGCUCCCUUCCUGUCGGGGGCGGCUCUGGGCCGGAGGCCGUGAGAGGAGCCGAGCGGCGGCGGAGGCCCGGGCCGGCUCCCCGGCUCCCAUGGCGGAGACUAAAAUCAUCUACCACAUAGACGAGGAGGAGACCCCGUACCUGGUGAAGCUGCCCGUCCCGCCGGAGAAAGUCACUCUGGCCGAUUUCAAAAAUGUCCUCAGCAACCGGCCCGUGCACAGCUACAAGUUCUUCUUCAAGUCCAUGGACCAGGAUUUCGGGGUGGUAAAGGAGGAGAUCUCAGACGACAACGCCAAGCUCCCGUGCUUCAAUGGAAGAGUGGUGUCCUGGCUGGUCCUGGCCGAAAGCUCCCACUCGGACACGGGCUCCCAGUGCACCGAGAGCCACGCGGACCUUCCGCCACCCAUCGAGAGAACGGGCGGCAUUGGGGACUCCCGGCCUCCGUCCUUCCACCCAAAUGCUGCCAGCAGCCGGGAUGGCCUGGACAAUGACACGGGAACAGAGUCGGUUAUUAGUCACCGGCGGGACAGACAUCGACGGAGAAAUAGAGAAGGGCAUGAGGAUGUCCCUCGGAUCAACGGCCAUCCAAAACUGGACCGGCACCGCGAGCACCCUCCUGGCUACGACAGCUCUUCGACCAUGAUGAGCAGUGAGCUGGAGUCCAGCAGCUUCAUUGACUCUGAUGACGAUGACAACACAAGCAGGUUGAGUAGCUCCACCGAGCAAAGCACUUCAUCCCGGCUCAUACGGAAGCACAAGCGCAGGAGGAGGAAACAAAGGAUGCGGCAGAUUGACAGGUCGUCUUCGUUCAGCAGCAUCACCGAUUCCACCAUGUCCCUAAAUAUCAUCACUGUCACACUCAACAUGGAGAAGUACAACUUCCUGGGAAUCAGCAUCGUAGGACAGAGCAAUGACCGGGGCGAUGGUGGCAUAUACAUCGGCUCUAUAAUGAAAGGAGGGGCGGUGGCAGCCGAUGGCCGGAUUGAACCAGGAGACAUGCUGCUGCAGGUGAACGAUGUCAAUUUUGAGAACAUGAGCAAUGACGAUGCAGUACGGGUUUUACGGGAAAUUGUCUCCAAACCAGGACCCAUCAGCCUAACAGUAGCCAAAUGCUGGGACCCUACUCCCAGGAGUUACUUCACCAUCCCCAGGGCUGAACCGGUGAGGCCAAUUGACCCCGCGGCGUGGAUCUCUCAUACCACAGCCAUGACGGGAGCGUACCCCCGUUACGGUAUGAGCCCCUCCAUGAGCAUCACCACAUCUACCAGCUCCUCACUAACAAGCUCAAUUCCCGAUUCGGAAAAGUUAGAAGAGUCUCCGUUAACUGUGAAGAGUGACAUGGCUACUAUUGUCAAGGUUAUGCAGCUCCCAGACUCAGGCCUUGAAAUUCGGGACAGGAUGUGGUUAAAAAUCACCAUCUCCAAUGCAGUGAUAGGAGCAGAUGUGGUCGACUGGCUUUACACACAUGUGGAAGGCUUCAAAGACCGACGGGAGGCUAGAAAAUAUGCCAGCAGCAUGUUGAAACACGGCUACCUCAGGCACACUGUGAACAAAAUCACCUUCUCGGAGCAGUGCUACUACGUCUUCGGAGACCUCUGUGGCAAUCUGGCUGCACUGAACCUUAACAACGGUUCUAGCGGAGCGUCGGAUCAGGACACCCUUGCUCCGCUCCCGCAUCCCGCUGCUCCCUGGCCAUUAGGUCAAGGAUACCCGUACCAGUAUCCUCUGCCCCCUCCAUGUUUUCCACCAGCGUACCAAGACCCAAGCUUUAGCUACGGCAGCGGCAGCGCGGGGAGCCAGCAAAGCGAAGGAAGCAAAAGCAGCGGCUCAAACCGAAGCAACAGCGAGAACAGCAGGAGGGCUCUUGGCAGAGAGAAGGACCGCAAGUCGGCUGGCAGCGGCAGCGAGUCCGACCACACCGCGCGCAGCGGCGGCAGCGCCAGCGUCGUCCGCCGGGAGAGACCCGUGAGCCAGCUCAGCCACCGGAGCCACGUCUCUGCCACCCACAGCGAGAGGAGCCACCACAGCCACCACUCGUACGGGCCGCCGGGAGUCCCACCCCUCUACAACCUCCCCAAACUGGGCUCCAAAGUGUACGGGACCAGCGGACCCCCCGGAGGACCCCCAGUAAGGGAACUGGGCUCUGUUCCCCCCGAGCUGACGGGGAGCCGGCAGUCCUUCCAGAAGGCCAUGGGCAACCCUUGCGAAUUCUUUGUCGACAUCAUGUGAGAGCAAGUGCCUUCAGACUCUGCUGGGGAAGGGCUGGGGCUGGGGGGGAUCGUUUUGGGGGGGAAUGGGUCAAUUUGGUCAUUGCUCGAACACUUAAGUGGAAGAAACUUGGCUGUCUUGCAUGUCACAGCUUCCUGGUUUGCAAUGGUGUUGCAGAAAAAUCAACAAAACAAAACAAAAAAUACAAAAAAAGCCUCCACAAAAAUGAACAAAAAAAUCUCCUGGGAUUGUUAAAUAUCAGCAAAUUGAUGGCAUCUUUUCUUCUUUUUUUUUUUUUUUCCUUCCCCUCUCGUUUUUGAUUGUGAAUGGCUGCUGUAUAUUCACAUCUUAAUGAGCUUUGGUAAUUGUGGCACCUACUUCAGUGCAAUUAGUGUCUCUUUUUUGGCUGAUUCAAGGACUGUUAUUUCACGUGACUUCUAAAUUUCCAGUAACGCAUAGGAGCACUUUGAUUUUUCCCUGAUUUUUCUUUUACAAGGAAAAAAACCCCGACCCGUGGCUGGUAUCCGCGAUGCCGACUGCAUCGGUCGGCUCCGAGCAGACACGGCACAGACAGCACGUGCUUGGGAAGGAGCCUCAAACCAACUCCUGGCAGAAAGCAAAGUUGUGACUACCUUCUGCUGCGCGCUAGGGAGUAUCAAUCAACCUUUCUUCUCUCUUUUUUCUUUUUUUAAUAUAUUAUUCUAUCGAGGGAGUGGUGGAGUCUUGCUGCUGUGUGUGUUCAUUGUGCAGAGCGUGUAAAGCCGUUUCAUUUCGUAUCACGCCAAUGACGUUGUAGCUGCGGUCUGUUCCUGGGCAUUUCAGUCGCGGCCCUGCUGACAGAUGUCUCUGUUUCUUCUGGUUAUAACGCGCACUCGCUUACAGGUUUUAAAAGUUUUCACAGAAAUAGGACAAUUGCUGCUAUGUGAUUCUGUUAAUGUAGCUGCAGCUUUUCCCUUCCGAAAGGGGUAUUUAUUAUCCCAUUCUAGCAGAGACGCAGGUAAAUCCUGGCUCCCACUAGGACAUGGCUCUUCGUUUUGGUCGCUUCUUUCUGCAUCCUCAAUUUCUGAGCAGAAUCUUUCUCUUUUUUUCUGAAAUAGAAACCUGAACACGUCUAAUCCCAAUUGCAGCAUUACCCACCGUGUUCUGAACACGGAUGGGCGCUGGCUGUUAGCGGAGAGGUGAGAGGGUGUUUGGAGAACAGCUCAUAAAUGGUACAAUUAACAAAUGUUUCUACCUGACACAGAGCGAGACCCAAACUAAAGCUCCUGCUGGGGAGCUUUGACUUAAGCAACUGCUGUUGUGUAUCCCCAGGAUUUCAUUACUACGUAUUUUUCGCUCUGAGGCUAUGGACACUUGAUAAAGUUUGUUCAGGAACCUUCUCUGAUGGUUCAGAAGCUUUUUUAAAGUGUCUGGAUGAGCUUUUAGGACAGGUGCUUUAAAAUCAGUCUUUGCUGUAUAUAAGCAUUUGCUUCACUGAUACGAAGCCUCUUUUUGUUAACGUUCCAUGCUUUAUGGGUAGUGUGAAUAUCCGAUAUGAGUGUCAAAAGAGAACGUCUUUCCCACUCUAUACGUAGUAGCUUCACCUUCCCUUGUCACCCUGAAAAAUUACUCCUCAAACUGUCCGUUCUGUAUGUCGCUCGUUCUGGUAGGAUUUUCACCGCUUCUUUUGUUAUGAGGGGUCUGUGUGUAAACACACCCCUUUUACAACAUUCAGAGUAACGUCUGUGCUAACUGGAGACUUCAGUCUCACUUUCGGAAGGGAGCCGGGCAUUGAGGAAACUGUGGUGCUCAGGCCAGAUCCUCCACUUACUGCUUUCAGACAGUUUGCUUUCCAAAAGUAUCCCAAAAAGCUACAUAACGUUUCUGGGAGCGGUGCUCUCCUCGUCAUCCGUCGGAAGGGCAAGCACAGAUUGCAGAGUUGGUUCAAAAGAACAGCGCUACCUGAAGGUUGGCUGUGCAGCACUAUCCUUUCCUUUCCUUUCCUUUCCUUUCCUUUCCUUUCCUUUCCUUUCCUUUCCUUUCCUUUCCUUUCCUUUCCUUUCCUUUCCCUUUCCCUUUCCCUUUCCCUUUCCCUUUCCCUUUCCCUUUCCCUUUCCCUUUCCCUUUCCCUUUCCCUUUCCCUUUCCCUUUCUCUUUCCCUUUCCCUUUCCCUUUCCCUUUCCCUUUCCCUUUCCUUUCCCCCACUAACCCAGCAAAGAUGCUGAAAAUGUCUUGAAAGAUUGACGUUUAAAGCAAUGAAAGUCAGGGUGAAAUAAUCCUGUAAUUCUGCCGUGUCUGCAGGAGAUACUGUUAAGGAGCCACUGACUUUAUUGACAAUCAUCAGUGGUUCUAAUUUUAAAUCAGUUGUGGCUUUUCUGGUCUCUAUUGAUGUUUUUUCCUGGCCCACUUUGUCUUAAGGCAGAACUUACAGGGCUGGAGGAAAAGAUGGUGAUUUUCAUGACAUAUUUACAAAAGGGAUUAAAGCUGGAGGCUGAGCUUUCACCCAGGGUAAAAACCCCUUUAAUUUCCUCAUGUCUUUCCAAGAGUUGCAGUUGACACACCUGCUGGGUUGUGGGUUUUGUCUCGUCGUCAUGCUGUUGGCAGAAACUGUUCUGUGUCUUGCUGGUCUUUGCUGCUGUGUCGAAAUGACUGUGUUCUGUACUUUAGCAUUUGUGGGUAACUCUGCAGUGAGGCUGACAGCCUGGAACAUUGCGGUGCUGAGCAAAUCCGGCGGCUAAACCCGGCCUGGACAAGCUGCACCUACAACCAGGCAUCCGUUUCGGGCAAAUAACGAGUGCUCUGAGUGCUAGUUGGUUAAUCCUGUAUCGCGUGUGGAACCUGCUGCUUACAGAGAGCAGCAGGAGAAUGUAAAUGACCCUCCUGUGAACAGUGCAAUACGUCACGGCCACCGCGUGUACAACACGUGCUUAAUUUCCUCGCCUUGUAGCGUGCGGUGGAGAGGCCGGUUCAAGUGAAAGGAAAGUUAGACCCUGAAAUAUCGCUAGCUCUUAAUUUUCAGGAGGUUUCCCACAUCCCAUCCUUGGCUUCCAACACAUGUGCGUGUGUCUUUGCGACAAUAGGGCCGUGGGGCCCAGCUCUGCGAGUUCCUCCCAGUACUACCUGUAGAAAGAAGUGCCACCAAUGCCAAGGAAGCUACUUACAAUAGGGGGUACUGGGCUGGGGGGAAGAAAGUUUAAGGCAGAAGUUUUUCUCUGAUGUUAAUGUCGAGGAAGUGGCGCUGGCCGGGCUCUAGAACACAUGGAGGAGUUGUGGGUUUGCUCUACAGGGCGUUGAAACAACCUCGUAACAAGAGCCUUUGAGUAGCUGAUAUUUUGAUCCUGGAAGUGAGACCCUCGCCUCCCGGCUGAGCUCAGUGUUACACACACCUGCCACCAGCUUUUAACUAACAGCUAUGCUUGGAAGAUCGUAAAAAUCCAUGAGAAACCAGUUUGGGAUGACGUCUCCUGUCCAAAGAGGUGGUGUCUGCAGGGGUAGUUCCCUACGCAGAAUAUUAACUCUGAGGAGUGAGUUUUUUUGGCAAAUAGUCUUAAAAGCACUGCUACUGUCUUUUACCUCCCCAUAGUAAAUCCACUUGUCAAAGGUAACAGUCCCCUGGACACUUUAUCCAGAGGUGUAUGGGAUGGCAAGCGAUGAUGCACAGACCUUGACUUUGGACGUGAUUCGUGUUCUGUUCCAAUGGGCAGUCCCGUCCUGAGACUUGACAGCUCAUGAGUUGAUGUAAUUGUUUUUGUUUUGCAUUUAACUGGAUUGUAAUAAGAUUGACUUAAAAUUAUUAAUUCUAAUCAGUGAUUAGAAAUACAUGUAAAGAGUUUUAUGUACAGUAGAGGAACAAAGUUACAUGAUUUUAAAUAAUGAAAACCCAGACUAUCACCUAUUCUAGAAUUGGUUCUACUCAAAGAGUGACCUCUUACUAGCAUGGACUGCACUGUUCCUGUUAAAUGUCUAUUGCAUAAUUGAAUUCUUUUUUGUAGAUAUUGUAUUAAAACCCGAGUGUCUGUAUAGUUAAUAUAUAGCUGCUUAUGUGUAAAUGCUAUUUUAAACACUAAAAAGCUUUUAAUUUUAUGUGAUAA